UGAAUAAAGAACAUUGUAGACGAAGAAGAAUCUACUAAACCUUCAGUUAGUUGUCGAUCAACGUCGUAACGGUUUCCAGUAAUCGAAAGUUCAUUAUAAUUGAAGUGAAUCAAGAAGAUUUUCGAAGCUAAUCAAAGGAGGAAGUGAAAAAUGGCGCUAUCUAUAGCUCUGCCUCUGUCUGGUCUGGAACCUGAACAUUUCGCCUCUGUGGGGGCGAAAGAUUUAUAUGAACAGGGUUUGAGAACUUUGAAUGGUAUCGGUGGACCGAUAUCGCCGAGUACCGCGAGCGAAUCAAGUGGAAUUUGCAGUUUAGUACCUUCCAACGAAUCGUCCACACCGGAUCAAACACCACCUUCUUCCAGACCAGAAACGCCAGAACAAGAAGAGGCUCCGAUUCGUAUCUUUUACAGAGAACGAGAUAUAUUAAAUUUGGGUGCGAAUCUCAGAGAACCAUUCUGGCAAAUGAGAGUCCCAAUGAUGCCUCGUUACGAUUACAAAAAUUUCAUGGAGAAUAGAUCGGUGUAUUAUCGUUUCGGAGAACACGGACUAACGAGAGAUUAUCCAACAAAAACUUGUCAAGAUUGUGGUUUUUGCGAACCAUCGCCAUACCUGUUUUAAACUUUCAUCGACGUUCAAGAUCACCGACGUUCAAGAUCACCGAUGUUCAAGAUAAACGACAAGGGGAACAGCGUUACGACAACAAAUUGUGAUAAAUAUUAGCUAGACAAGCGGCAGCCGGCUUAGAAAUAGUCUAAUGAACAAAACUAA